CAUUGACCAAUCAUAUAGGGAGAAAUUUCUUCGCAGUAAGCUCAUUACCAAUGUUAUAAAUAUUUGAUUGAGCCGAUAUGUUCACUUACAAGUUACAAGCUUUUGCCAGUGGAAGAAAUCUCUGUCAGGAUCCAUGGCUUCUUCAGCUUCUUCUCCCAAAUCUGGCAGCCUUCACGUGUUCUGGCACGAGGGUAUGCUUGCUCAUGACACUGGAAAUGGCGUCUUCGACUCCGGAAUCGAUCCCGGUUUCUUGGACGUCUUAGAGAAGCACCCAGAAAACUCAGAAAGAGUCAAGAACAUGCUCUCCAUUCUUAGAAGAGGCCCUAUCUCUCCCUACAUUACUUGGCACUCUGGAACACCUGCUCUCACCUCUGAAUUGCUCUCUUUCCACUCCCCAGAAUACAUAAGUGAACUAGUUGAAGCUGAUAAAGAAGGGGGUAAGACAUUUUGUGGAGGGACUUUCUUGAAUCCUGGCUCAUGGGAAGCUGUUCUUCUUGCCGCUGGUACUACUUUAUCAGCAAUGAAGUAUCUUUUAGAUGGACAUGGAAAGCUUGCUUAUGCAUUGGUCAGGCCUCCGGGUCACCAUGCUCAGCCUACCCAAGCUGAUGGAUACUGCUUCCUUAACAAUGCGGGUCUUGCUGCUCAUUUGGCUUUGAAUUCUGGUUGUGCAAAAGUAGCUGUGAUUGACAUUGAUGUUCAUUAUGGCAAUGGAACCGCGGAGGGGUUCUAUCGGUCAGAUAAAGUUCUUACGAUCUCCCUUCAUAUGAAUCAUGGUUCAUGGGGUCCAUCUCACCCCCAGAAUGGAUCUAUAGAUGAGCUUGGAGAGGGGGAGGGAUAUGGCUACAAUCUGAAUAUACCUUUGCCAAAUGGCACGGGUGAUCGAGGAUAUAAAUAUGCCUUUUCUGAGUUGGUUGUCCCAGCUAUCCAAAAGUUUGAGCCUGAUAUGAUGGUCCUGGUUAUUGGCCAAGAUUCAAGUGCUUUUGAUCCUAAUGGAAGGCAAUGCUUGACAAUGGAGGGAUACCGAGAGAUAGGGAAGAAGGUCAAUAGCCUGGCCAAUAGGUAUUCUAGCGGGCGCCUUCUUGUUGUCCAAGAAGGUGGAUAUCAUGUCACGUAUGCAGCGUACUGUCUUCAUGCAACACUUGAAGGUGUGCUCAACUUACCAAUUUCUCUAUUAUCUGAUCCCAUUGCAUAUUACCCGGAGGAUGAAGCCUUUCCUGUAGAGGUUAUCAAGUCCAUAAAGAAAUACCAGACAGACACGGAUUUUUAGAGAUGUUUAUGGCAGCUUGGUUGUCGCAAUAAAGAAUGGUAGGUAGAUGAUGAUGCAUAUUGAGGUCUUUAAGGAUGGCAAUAAGCCAUAGCAGCUCACAUGUUGCAUUAGCCAUUACACGGUAUCUGGCUUCAGCAGAAGAACAAGAUAUGGUGAUUUUCCAAGGAUUACACAAUAGUCGGAUAUGGAUCUUCUUGUGUCAAUGCAGCUACCCCAAUCAGUGUCAGCAAAUAACUUGAGUUGAAGAGGAUCAUGUGCAUUAGCAUAAAAAAAACAAGCCUUGUCCAGGAGUACCUUUAAGGUAUUGAAGAAAUCUAAUGGCAUCUUUUGCUAAGUUUUAGAAUCGACUCCAUUGGCGUAGAUGCAACUUUUGUACCAAGUUGACCCGAAACCUUUAGGAGUUGAAGGGUGAAUGGCCUUUGAGACACUGAAAUUCUUGUAUUAGACUUGCCUAUUUCAAGUCCAAGAAAGAAGCGUAAUGGGCCAAGGUCCUUUAAUUUAAAUUUAGCAUCAAGUGUGUUCUUAAACUGAGUUAGAGCAAUUGUAUUAUUUGUAGCUAUAAUUGUAUCAUCGACAUAAACAAGAAGGGCUAAGAAAACAUCCUGAGUCUUGUUGAAUAAAUAGAGAAUGAUCAAAUGGGGAUUGUUUGAAUCCUUGUUGGA